CUGGCCAGCUCGAGGCCAUUUCUUGUCGAGGCCGACAGGCUUAGGCCAACUUCGGACUCGAGCCAGGUGGCGCCGAGUUGUCGGCACACUCGGACUGCAGUCAUUCCCUCGGGCCGGCCGGUGUCUGACCGAGUUGAUCGAUCGGCAGUCGUUUGUCCGGGCCACUUCCGUCCGGACGCAGGCAGGGCUUAUGUCCACGCCUCACCGGUUUACGCGUUGAGUUGUGUUCGCGUGCGUACGCGUGCCCAUUUCCUUGUCCGACCCAGCAAAAAUCCACCUUUCCUUGUCCCAUUCACUUCCGUCGGAGUGGUUCUUGUGCGCAUCGAUUUGUGUCUCAUCCAUCUGCCCAUCGGACGACCGAUCGGGGUGGCGGAGGCCCGAGGCACGGCGCACUCGUUCUGCCUUCACUACCGCCUCUGGGCGGACAGACACACCCAGUGCUAC